ACACACAUCACUCACUACCUUACCUUGUAAGUUAGCUAACUCAAUGGUUGGGACAUAAACAAACAUACACAAUGCACAUGUACAUAGCUUGCCUUAAAAACAUGCAUUUAUACACAAAUUAAACAUGAGUUCAAACAUACUCUUAUCAGGCACUUUCUCGAAUAAAAUUAUGACUGUCCGUACUACAAUGUGCUAAACUUCAUUCGGACUUAUCGUAAUCCAUGGGACAUCUGUAUUUCAUUGGAUAAAAAUUCAAACUAUUAAAUAAAUUUUUAAAAAUUCCUCUCUUUGUAUAUUCACUUACAUGACUUGUAAAUAAGUAAUUUUUGUGAGUACAUGGUUAUGGUAGUUGUAGUUGUAACGCAAAAAUAACAGCCUGGACGAACGGGACUAACAGAAAAAGAAAAAUCAAAAUAUUUUUCCUCACCCAUUACAAAAAAUUAUCAACUAAUAAUUCGUUGAACUAUACUACUUUAUUAUCAGUUUAAUAUGAAUGAACAACAAACAUUUCCCAUAACUACUACGAUUCCUGAUAUCACUACUGGCGAUGGAGAUACUGCUGUAAUUGAUACAAUGAAUAUCAGUAAUAGUUAUUCACCAAAUACUCCAUCCAAAAUUGAGUUACUUUCAAAUGAUACUGAUAAAGAAAAGAAAUUUGAACAUGAAUUAGACAAUAAUAAUGAUUAUAGUUUUCAAGAUGAUGAACAAUAUCAUCGUCAUAUACAAGACAUGAUGAUUGAUCAAAAUGACGGUGAUAAUAUAACUGAAGAUACCGAUGAUCAAGAAUAUCAAGAUGAUUUGAAUCAAUCUAAUAAAAUGGAUACAUUCAAUUUUAAUUACUCUCUUUCUAAUCCAAAUGAUUCUGAUGAUUCAUUAAAACAAUUAACAAAUACAACCAAAGAUACUGGUAAAUCAAUUUAUUCAAAAUCUAAUAAUAAUGAUGAUAAAAGACCAAGAAAAUUUAUAUGUCGUUAUUGCAAUAAAGCAUUUAGUUUAAUGAAUGUUCUUAAAGUUCAUGAAAGAAUACAUACUGGAGAAAAACCAUAUGUUUGUGAAAUAUGCAAUAAAGCAUUUAAUCAAAGUGGUUCAUUAAAUCGUCAUAAGAAUACACAUACUAAACGUAGCAGUGAUAAUCGUAGUUAUUCAUGUCGAUUUUGUCCACGUCAAUUUCUACAUUCCAGUCAAUUACAAGAUCAUGAAACAGUGGAACAUAGCAUGGAAAUGAAUAUAUCAAUUACAAAAUCAAAUGAUAUUAAAGUUACUGAUUAUACUAUAAAACUACCAACAUCAUCAUUACCUACAACAUCAUUAUCAACAAUGACAGUAACAGAAACAAUAACAACAAUAACAGAAGGUAUAACAACUGAUUGUAAUCUAUUAAAACAAAAUCAUUUAUCAAGUCAAUUACUUCAUAAUAAAUCAAUAAUUAAUAAUAAUACCUUAAAACUUUCAUCAUCAGAACAUAAUAAUAAAAAUUUUGAUAAAAAUAAUAUUAACAAUCCUCUUAGCAACAAUAUAGAUACUAAUGAGUUAGACAAUAAUAAUAAUAAUGCGAAUUCAAUGUCACUUUUAAAUUCUACGCAAAAUCUUUUCGAUUUUGAUAAUAAAAAACUUACUGGUUUAUCAAAUAAAUUUCCAUUUCCUUAUGGUUUAAAUUUAUUAAGUAAAUUUUUACCAGUUAGUUUAGCAGAUGAAUUUAUUAAAUCAUUAGAUCAUAAUAAUAAUAAUAAUGGUAAUAUGGAUGGAUCAUUGCAUCAUUUACCGAUAACAACAACGAAUACAAUAACACCUUCAACCAUUGGUAUUACUUCUACUAAUACUAUUUCUGGUAUCAAUAUACCAAAUAUUAUGAAUCCUAUUAAUAAAGGAAUUCUUAAACAGGAUUUUUCAGAUAAUACAAAUACAUUUACUUGUACAUUAUGUUCAACAAAUUUAUCAUCGAAAACUGAAUUAGAUUUACAUUGGGGACAACAUUUUAUACAACAAAUGGAAGCUCAACUUGGUCCAAUAUCAAACAGUUUAUUACCAUCAUCUUCAAUUUCAAAUCCACUUAAUCCAAUUCAUCUCAAUCCGAAUACAUCUUUUAAUGAUAUUAAUUCAAAUUUACCUCUUUUAUUUACAUCGUCUACACAAAAUACGUUAAAAUCAACUGAACAAACAGAUUUAAAUAAAAUUCUACCUGAAAAUUCUAAUACAACAUAUCCAUUUGAUAAUUGUUUAUCGAAUACAUCUAUAGAUAAUAUUUCGUUAUUGAAUUCAACUAAUAUGAAUUCAGCGGCUACUGCUGCUGCUGCCGCCGCCUCUGCAGCUAUGGUAACGGCAUUAAGUCAAUUUUUAUUGGGCAAUACACCUGGUCAAUCAUUGCCGAACCCAUCAUUGUUAGCUGCAACAGCUGCACUGACUAAUCCUGAAUUAUUAAAUACCCUUAUGAAUACACUGCCACCUACCAUUACUACUACUAAUACCAAUACUACUGCCAACACUACUAUUAAUACUAAUACUAUUAAUAAAAGUGAUAACAAUAACACACCAGCUAUUCAAAGCAACAUAAACGAACUUAAUCCUAAUCACUUUAAUAAACUACUGAAUAGUUUGACCAAUGUACAUAACCAUUUAAAUUUUCCACGUAGCGCAGCACUUUCAAAUGAUAUCGCUCAAAAACUACUUGAUAUCGAUACUAAUUCAUUUGGACUAAAAGACCAUGCCUUGAAUUUUAUUAUAAACAAAGCAUGUAAUAUAUCGCCUGAUUCAUUGACAAAAUCUCCUACAUCUUCCUCACCGUCAUUGUCAUCAUCAAUUUCACCAUCAGCUAUUUUGCCAACAACAAUGGCGACAACAACAAUGACAACAUCAAUUAGUCAAAAUUAUUCUUCGUUGAGUCACUUAAAUCAAAAAACUCCCUCAUCAUUAUCUACACAUUCAAUAUGGCCGUGUAAUUUAGAAUUAGAUUUUAAAAAUCGUUCCAUUAUUAAUCCAUUACAAUCGAAUUGUGCAUUAAAUCAAUUAUUUACUGAAUUAGAUACAAAUCUAUCAAUGAAUAUGAAAACAUCAACAAAUUCAAUUGAUCCACAAAUGUUAUCUACAAUGAAUUUAUCAACUUGUAAAAAUAAUAGUUAUAUCACAGAAAAUUCAUUUAAAUUAAAUAAUUCACGUCAUUUAAGUGUUGACAGUGAAAACUAUUCCAGUGAUCUUGAAGGUGGUGGUGGCGGUGGAGAAGGUGUAGGUGGUGUUGGGGGAGGGAAUUUAACUGAUUCCACAUUAAGUGGAAGUUUCAAUACAUCAAAAAGAAAACGUUCUAAUUCACCUAAUAAUUCAGCUGAUAACAGUAAAUCACGUAAAUGUAAUUUUUGUAAUAAACAAUUUAAUUGUACAAGUGCCUUAAGAAUACAUUAUAGGAAACAUUCAGGUGAACGUCCGUAUAUAUGUCGACAUUGUGGUAAAGCUUUCUCACAAAAUGGUACAUUGAAACGACAUUCACAGACAUGUAAAGCUGCUUAUAAUAAAAACAACAGUAACACUAAUAUCAAUAAUAAUGAUCAUUAUAAUAAUAAUGAGAAUCGAGAUGCUCAUUUCGAUCAAAAAUUCCCCAUGUCUACUCCUACUACACAUCAUCAAUCAUCAUUCAUUAAGAACAUAUCAAAUAAUAUUACUGAUCCAAUUAAUUUGAAACCAUCAAAUUUUUCAACAUUGUUAUGUGAUCCAAUUGAUGGAUUAUCUGAUAAUGAAGGUCAAAUGAAUUUAUCACAAUCCAUAAGUAACAGUAAUCAUGUAAAAACCACUUUACCUACUACAAUGAAUAGUAUAAAUACUACUAUGAAUAUCAUAGAAAAUAAUAAAACUAAUGUAAAUAAACUAUCUAAUCAAUAUAUUUAUCCUGAACUAAAUGAAAAACAAAUACAUAAUUUGGAAAAAUCGCAAAUAUGGGAAAACAGUAAUAUCAAAUUGGAAGAAGGAAAUUGUUCAUCGUUGAGUAAGACAACACUUUCAUCAUUAGCGACGACAAGACAUGAAAGUAACGUUUCUAAUCCUUUCAAACAACAACAACAACAGCAACAAAAUAUCAAUGUCGGUUCAACAUUCAAUAUUCAAAAUCAAUCUAUAACACUUUGGUCAAAUUUUGAUUGGACAAAAUUAACUAAUCAUGAAAUUAAAUUAUUAUUAGAAAAAUUACAUUCACUUGGUAAACUAUAUGGUUGUAUUGAUUGUCAAACAUAUUAUUUAGAUGAGAAAAUGGCAAAUUAUCAUUUAAGUAGUAUGCAUGGAAAUUUAAAAAAUCAAUCUUCAUCAUCAUCAUCAUUAUUAGAUUCAGUAGAUAAUAAUAGUAAAAAAUUUGAAUGUUUUCUAUGUGGUGUAAAUUUAAAUAAUUCGUUAUUAUUUUUAGAACAUUUUACUCAUUGUUUAUCAUUGAAAAAACAUAAUGGAAUAGAUUUGGUGAUGAAACAAACUACUACUGAUUCAUUAACUAUUCUAUCUGAUAAUAAAACCCCUGAUAAUAAUAACAAUAACACUGAUAAUAAUAAUAAUACAUGUAAUGAGUUGGAUGAGAAUGAAGAUAAAAACACCAAUGAACAAUUAAUAAAUGAACCAAUACAAAUUACAAAUGCUACAUCACAAGAAUUACAUACUGUUUCAUUGAUUAUAGACAAUUGUAAUGAUAAUAAUAAUAAUAACGAUAAUAAUGAUCCUGUAUUGAUGAACAGUAUCAACGAUCAAUCAGAAAUAAAAUUGAAUGGUUAUUGUAUAGAGGAGACAAUAGAAUUACAUGAAAAAGAUGAUGAUUUGCAUAUAUCAUCACCAUGUAGUAUACCAGUCUCUAAUUCUGUAGAUCAAUUAAAUGGGAAAUCUAUUGAUAACUUAUGAAUGAAUAUCAUGUUUUCAUUUUUCUUUCAUUUAAACAAAAUCAGACUAAACUAACGAUAUCAUUCAUUAUAUAUAAAUAUAUAUUAUCUAACCUGAUAUUUCACUAACUCAUCGAUAUACAUCUUACAUCAUGUUAAUCGUUUGUUAAUAAGAAAAGAUUAAUAAUGUUUGAUCAGGAAAACAACAUACGAUUUUCUCUCUUUCUCAUAUUACUGUAUCUCUUCUAAUUCUAUGUUUGUUUAUCCUUAAUGCCAAAUUCUAUUUUAAAUUUCAUUUGUUUGUAGUCAUUUUAUUUGGGUUUUUUUGUAAGCUUGUUUGUUUGUUUGUUUACUUAUUUGUUAGUUUUUUUUCUAUUUUACACAAACAUUAAGGCAUGAAUUGAUACAUUAAAUCAUAAUGCAUUUAAACUAACUCAGGUAUUAAUGUAACUAUGUAUAUUUAUAUUAUUUAAAGUUAUUGAAGUAAACAAAUGAUUAGUUCAAUGCUAAAAACAGUUCUUGUUUACAUUUUGUACAGUUUAUUAGUUCGAAACUAUUUUUGUGUAAUCGGUUUUAUUUCUCCCACCUUUUGUUUUUCUAGAAGACAAAAACAAGACAAACUAUUAACAAUGAUCAAUGCUUAUUAGUAUACAUUAUUGUUAUUAUUAUUAUUAUUGCGAUUAUUGUUAUUAUUAUUGAUAACAAUGAUAAUUAUGUGUUUCCAAUGUCUGUUUCUUUGUUUCUUACCUCUGGUCUAUUUUUCCAAAAUAUACAUUAAAGGAAUUCAAAUUUAUUUAUUCAUUCACAAUGAUUUUUAUCCAAUUGUCUGUUGAAGUUUUGUCUAUUUGUUUAUAGUUUUUUUUCAUGUAUGUAAAUUUUCUUUCUGUUUUUUGUUUAUCUGUAAAAAUGACUCGACAGUAAUAAUGAUGAUGAUAUUGAUGAAGAUGAGUGCCUGAGUAAAUUACAAAUCGUAGACUUACACAUAAUUUGUAUGUAUGAGUAUGAUGGUAUUUCUCCAAUUUAUAAUGAUAAUUUUUUAUCAUUUCUGCUGCUUUAGACCAAAGUUGUUCUUAAAAACAUAAAAAGAACAAGAUUUUUUCGUUGUAUCGAUUUGUCUUUCGUGUUAGAGACUAGCUGUUAACUAAGGCAAUACUGAAUAUUACUAGUAUUAAAAAAAACUAAGAAGCAGACUGGGGAGGGAGGUAAACAGUAAGCGGGAAAACAAUAGAGGAACAGCUAAUCAUAAUAAUGAUAAUAAUAACCAAAAUUAAAGAUAUGACUGUUUUUUUCUUUUAAGUAAAUGCAUGUUAUGCCACCGUGUAUAAUGUUCAAUGAUCAACUUGUUCUUAUUUACUAUUGUUUUUUGUUUGUUUUUCUUACUGUUUCCGUUACCAGCAUUUUGCAAUUUUUUUCAAGCAUAUAUUACUUGAUAUAUUUCGAAAAAUUAAUCAAAAAAUUUAUUACGUAAA